AUGGAAAAAAGUGAAUUUCGUAUGUUGAUAAAACACUAUUUUUUGCGUGGAAAAACCAUCACCGAAACCAAAACGAAGCUUGAUAAGUAUUAUCCGGACUCUUUCCCAUCAAUUGGAACUAUUCACAAGUGGUUUACCGAAUUUAAGUGCGGUCGUACGAGCACCGAAACGAUUCCAAGUCCAGGUCGUCCAAUUGAGGUGACUACUCCAGAAAUGAUCGGUAAAAUACACGAUCUGGUAUUGGAUGAGCCGAAAAUCAAAGUGCGUGAGAUAGUUAAGGCCGUUAACGUCUCAUAUGAACGGGUGGUCAACAUAUUGCAUAAUCAUUUGAAUAUGAAUAAGUUGUGCGCACGAUGGGUGCCGCGUUCGCUGUCAAUCCAUGAAAAACGGAUUCGUGUGACCACUUCCAAGCGCAAUUUGGCUCUUUUUAACCGCAAUCCGAAUGAAUUUUUGCGACGAAUCAUAACGACGGAUGAAACAUGGAUUCAUUUCUACACACAUGAGUCAAGUCAGCAAUCGAAAGAGUGGACAAAACGUGGCGAAACUCCACCAAAGCGCCCAAAAACGCCCUAUUAUUAG